AUGGUGGAUCCAGCAGAUGAGCUUUUAUAUUUGGAAAGGAAAGUCACUGGUGAAAUGAACAUGGAUUUAUCAAAACGAUUGAUUGUUUUCCUACUUUCUCUAAAAUUUAACACAGAUAUGGAGGAGAGGGUAUUUGAUACCCUCAGAACCCUGCAAGAUGAAGGGGACUCGUUUGCGACGAGGGCAGAAAUGUAUUACAAGAAGCGGCCGGAGCUGGUGAGUUUUGUAGAAGAAAGCUUCCGAUCAUACAGAGCCUUAGCAGAGCGGUAUGAUAAACUUUCAAAGGACCUUCAAAGCGCGAACCGCACUAUUGCAAGUGUGUUCCCAGAUCAAGUUCAUUAUAGGACUGAAGAAGAAGACGAAGACGAUGAUGAAGAAGAAGAAGAGAAAGGAUCAAAUGAUGCAUUAUCACCAAAAUCUAACAAUGGAAGAAGCACUAAUAAUAAUAAUAAUAACAAUGAAGCAUUGAUACCUAAAGUUCCAAAUAUCCCAAAGAAGGGUUGUUUCAGAAGUCCAUCCAUGUUGCUCUCAAGAAAAGGAUCACUGCCAAAGAGGACUACAAGCCCUUCCGAAAAAGAUUUCAAAGUUUCAGGUUCCGGUCUGUCGAAGGAACAAGCACUCGGUGAAACUGACAAGCUUCAGAAAGAUAUUUUGACACUUCAGACUGAGAAAGAGUUUGUUAGGAGUUUGUAUGAGCGCGCCUAUACACAGUAUUGGGAAAUCGAGGAUCGGAUCACAGCAAUGCAGAAAAGCGUCAGCAAAUUGCAAGAUGAGUAUGGUGUUGGAACCGUCAUCGAAGACAACGAAGCUCGAACUUUAAUGGCGGCCACUGCUCUAAAGUCUUGUCAAGUUACUUUAGCUAAGUUGCAGGAGAUUCAAGCACAAUCAUCCGAAGAGGCUAGAGUUGAGUUUGAAAGAGUUAAGGAAGCUCAUGAGAUGUUUGAGUCUCUUAGAGACCAAUUCAUCUCUAAAUAUAUGAACCAAGAUGAAUCCAAGAUUGUAACACCAGUAAGUCCAGUAGAAGAAGAAAAUGACAUGGAUGAUGCUGAGAUUCAAGCGAAGGUUAAGGAAACUAAAUUGGAGGAAGAUUCAAGUGAAGUCAUCACUGUGACUGAAAUGGCCGAUAAGAUUAAUCAGCUUGUCAGUAAGGUUGUUACAUUGGAAACCACCGUUUCGUCUCAAACAGGUUUGGUGCAGAGAUUGAGAUCAGAAACAGAUGAACUUCAGACAAAUAUAAAGAAAUUGGAAGAGGAGAAGGAUGUUUUGAUAGAAGGUUCGGAAGUUACGAACCAAAAGCUGAAAGAAGUGGAGGAAGAGUUGAGGAGGGUAAAGCUUUUGAACCGAAGCGUCCGAAGCCAAGACAAUACAAUCAAAGCACACUUCAUUGAGGCUAGUUAUGACAUUAAACACCUUUCUGAAAAACUGAAUAACAUGAAGCCAGAUGUGGAGGAAGAAAAUAUGGUACUGUACAAGAAGGAGAACAAUAAUGAUCUUGAUGGUAAACAAGGAAAUGAAUCCCAAAUUUUCGAUGAGAAUGUCAAGGCAUUAAAAGAAGAAGAUGGCGGAGAUGUGACUCCGGAAAGGAUUCAGAAUAUGGGCGGUGAUGGUGGUGAAAUUGAAUCACAUGAUUUGCAGAGUGUUGAUGGUAAGGGAGAUGAACCUGACUGGAGGCAAUUGUAUAUAAGUGGAUUAGAUGAUAGAGAAAAGAUUCUGCUGGAGGAGUAUACUUCUGUUUUAAGGGACUAUAAGGAUGUAAAGAUUAAGCUUAAUGAUGUGGAGAAGAAAAACCGGGAUAGCAUUUUUGAAUUGGCACUUCAGCUAAGGGAAUUGAAGAAUGCAUUAGCCAACAAGGACCAAGAGAUAAUCUAUUUACAUCACAAGCUUAACAGUCCAAAUUCAGCUGGUGAUAAUUCUGAUGUAAGUCCAUUCACCAUGGCAACAGAGUAUAAAUACACACCGAACGAAGCUCUUCUUCGAGAAGCCGAAGCUCAAGAAGCUAACUUGCCGACGGUCCUUGAAAAGAAUUCGCCAUUAAUUACUUCAGAUGCGAAUCCAAUCAAAAGUCCUUCUUCAGAUGAUUCGUCACAUCUGAAAAUGAAUGAGGGAAGGCUGGAAGGGCUAUCAAGCAUAGAGAAGAAAUUCCGGUCUGACAUGGAUGACAUUCUAGAGAAGAGUCUUGAAUUCUGGCUCCGAUUUGGCACUUCUAUUAACCAGAUUCAAAAGUACCAGAAUUCAAUCCAGGACUUAAAAGCCGACCUAUGCCACAUACAAGAAAGUCAUACAAGAUCGUCCUCGGAAGGACAUUCUUCUAAAAGAACGCAUUUACAGUCACAACUUAAGCCGAUAUUCAAACACCUGCGGGAGAUAAGAACGGAGUUAUCGCUGUGGCUCGAACACAACACGGUGUUGCAGGUUGAGAUGCAGGAUAGGAACUCUUCCUUGUGCCACUUGCAUGAUGAAAUAAUUAGAGCAAGCAACAAUAAUGGAGAAGAAGAGAAGGAGGGAGAGCUAACGAUAAGUCCUUAUCAGGCUGCUAAGUUUCAAGGUGAGAUUAUGAACUUGAAACAACAGAACAACACUGUUGCAAGUGAGCUUCAAGCAGGUCUAAGCCUUGUGAGUGGGAUGAAGAAUGAUGUUGAGAAAACACUUGAUGAACUUGACCUUGUUAUUGCCCCCAAUAAGAAAAGCAGUAGCCAUGGAAGCUCCAAAAAUGAUUCGGGGCGACCUCGAGUACCAUUGAAGUCUUUGUUGUUUGGAGCCAAGUUGAAGAAGCAUAAGCAAAAGCAAUCGCUAUUUUCAUGUGUAAAUCCCACCGUGCAUAAGAGUGACAUGGAAGAUGAGGCUGGAUCUCCAAUACAUACACAGCAACAAUGA